AUGUUACGCCCAAUGUGGUAUCAGGCUGGGACAUGUCUGCUUUUUGGGCUUUCCGUUACGGUGUCAGCACUGGAUCUGGACAUCAACAGUACACAGUCGCUCAAAGAUGCCGCAACAGUGACAGUUCAGAACACGCUCACCAACUCAUCACUAAGCGGCAAUGUCAACCCGGUGUAUGGUGAUACUAAUGAGUGGCUAUUUAACUCCUCCACCGUGGAGGCGUGGCUCUACUCGACUCUGAUUCCGUAUUGGAAUCUCACUGGAAACGAUAGCUACAAUAAUCUUAUUAGCAAGCGCAUGUAUAGUAUGGCAGGACUGGAACUCGGAGACUCGUGGUCGGAAUCCUACAACGAUACCAACAUGAACCAUGCAGCUUGGGCGCUGGGUGCUGUCACAGCGGCUGAGAUGGACUUUCCGGCCGACUCCUCCAAGGAGUCUUGGCUGUUCUACGCAGGUCAGGCUCAGGGGACCUUGAGGAGUACCUUCACAUUCUCAACUGUGUGCGAUGGUGGCCUCGAAAUCGCCAAUAACGCUAUAGCAGAGACGAAUCUCUCAAUGAAAGACGCUCUAAGUAACGGAGAGUUCCUGCAGUUGUCUUCGCGACUAGCGUAUCUCACCACGGGCGAUAACCGGUCAUCCUAUACAGAUGAUGCAGUAAGGAUUUGGAACUGGUGCGUGGAUAACGAUAUGGUGGUGGAGUCGAACUGGACCGUCAAUUUCCUGGUGGUGAAUAGGACCGCUUCAGGAAACUGCACAACGUAUGAAACCAAUAAUUUUGAAUUCACCUAUGUCUACGGCUUGUAUAUGAGCGCGGCGGCAUACUUGUAUAAUGUGACCGGCGCAGAUGUCUGGAAGACAAGGGCAGAAGGGCUCUUAAAUACCAUCAUGAACAAAUUUGUUGACGAUGGUGUGAUACAGGAACUUGGAGCGCUGUUCAACCCGGACGCAGGUUUCCGGAGUGCCACUUGGGGUGAUGAUACUGCGUACGCCUUGAAAGGCCUCCUAGCGUCAUGCCUUGCGGUGGUGACGCACCUUUUGCCUGACACUGUGGACACAAUUGAGCCCCUCCUCCGUAACACUGCAGAGGCUGCCGCCCAGCAAUGCAGCGGCAUGAGCAACGGCACUGUCUGUGGUUCCGAUUGGACCAAAUCGACGUAUGAUAAGGAUCCCAAUUUCUUCAGUUCGAUGAGCGCCGUGAAUGCAUUUACUGCGAAUCUAUUGAUGUCACGGAGCUCCAAUAGCUCAAGCACCACGGGAUCCAGCACCAACGGAACAAGCAUGGACGCGGAAAGUAGUGGAAGCUCAGGUGGGCUCUCUGGCGGAGACAUUGCUGGUAUUGUAGUCGGAUCCGUUGCUGGCGUCGCCUUAAUCGCAGCUGUGGCCUUUCUCAUCCUCCGCAAAAAGAGGAAGCAAGCUGCGAGUGGAGCCGGAGUAACACCGGAGAAGGAUGUGACCACUGAUUCCAAAGGCGGCUAUCAGGCUGCGGAACUCGAGCCACGAGAGGUUGCGGAGCUACCCCAGGGCGCUGCCUCCUACAAUUUCCCGGAGAUGGACACCGACACUGCAAUGGAGCAACUGCCCCAGGAGCUGCCCCCACAGGAGCUGAAAACGACGAAGACGAUCCGUUAUGAAUUGGCCUAG